AGAGGAAUAUUAUAUAUAAAGGAAGAGAGGAUUAAACUGGCCCUUCCUAAAGUUAAAGUGCUGGCCAGCAAAGGACUAUCAACUCAGCGCUCCCCUUCUUCCCACCCAAAGAACUGUAAAGGGAGUUUUAUCGCUGCUCACCAACCGUGAAGAUGGUGGGGCUGAAGCCGUCCGACGUGCCCCCCUCCCUCGGGGUAAAGGUCCUGAGCGCAGGGACGGCCGCUUGCAUCGCCGACCUGGUCACCUUCCCCCUGGACACAGCCAAAGUCCGGUUACAGAUCCAGGGGGAGAAGGUCACGGAGGCGGCUAAGAACAUCCGGUACCGGGGCGUGUUCGGGACCAUCAGCACCAUGGUCCGGACCGAGGGCCCGCGGUCGCUGUACAACGGGCUGGUGGCCGGGCUGCAGCGGCAGAUGGCCUUCGCGUCCAUCCGGAUCGGCCUCUACGACAACGUCAAGAACUUCUACACCGGGGGCAAGACAGACAGCCCGGGCGUGGGGGUCCGGAUCCUGGCCGGCUGCACCACGGGGGCGAUGGCGGUGUCCGUGGCACAGCCCACAGACGUGGUGAAGGUCCGGUUCCAGGCCCAGAUGAACCUGAGCGGCGUGCAGCGGCGGUACAGCGGCGCACUGCAGGCCUACCGGCAGAUCUUCCACCAGGAGGGCCUGAGAGGGCUGUGGAAAGGCACACUACCAAACAUCACCAGAAAUGCUCUGGUCAACUGCACAGAACUGGUGACCUAUGACCUCAUCAAGGAGGCGAUUCUCAAACACAAGCUCUUGUCAGACAACCUGCCCUGCCAUUUUGUGUCUGCGUUUGGUGCGGGGUUCUGCACCACGGUGAUCGCCUCGCCGGUGGACGUGGUGAAGACGCGCUACAUGAACUCCCCACCGGGGCAGUACAAGAGCGCCAUCAACUGCGCCUGGACCAUGCUGACCAAGGAGGGCCCCACCGCCUUCUACAAGGGGUUUGUUCCCUCUUUCCUACGACUGGGCUCCUGGAACGUGGUAAUGUUUGUGUCCUUCGAACAGCUGAAGAGGGCGAUGAUGAAGUCCAAACAGAGACUAGAGGCCACCACGUAAUCAAAUUCCCCCUUACUAACGUCCAAAAUAAAUAUAAAAGGCUUCCACAAGUGGAUAGACGACCCAAAGCAAUUCUGAGCUCAGAAGGAACCAUUCCAAAGACGCUAGUCGAUAGGACAGCUUGAGAUAUGCUUCCUUUUUUAUGUUCCCUCUUCAUCCCAGGGGCAAUGUAAUUUUCACGGGUAAUAAGUUCUCUGUGUGAAAGAGAACCAAGGCUAUGCCCUCCUUGAAUUAUGUAAACCAGGAGCAAUAACAGUGAAGUCCCGCUCUCAUAUUAGGACGUAAUAGAGAAACCGCUGGGUGUACCGCACGGCAUUUUGUUUUUAUUUAUAUUUAUUUUCACAUCGGUUUUACAGUGCUCCAUUUCUCCCAAACGUUUGGCCGCGGCGCGAUAGCGGUUUCUGCAUGUGGGCUUUCGGUACCGUGGAGUUAAACGUUUCUUUAUUCUCUGUGCCUCGCGCGCAGCACUAAUGCAUUCGCGCCAUGGAGCGGAAGAAACUCCGGAGGUGGAAUGCUGAUAUUCCGGGCACUUAGCGGCGCGUGCGCUCGUUCGCUGCAGCAGUAUUACAGUACUGGCGUGCAUCAGUUUCUCGAGGAGAACGAGAAACCGAUGGUUCCCAGAUCCUGGAAACAUACCUUCUCCAUGUUCUAUGUUUUUUAAACAAAGCAAUGCUUAAAACAAAAGUAUGUAUAUAGUUUAAAAAAUAAAAUGUUUCUAUCU